AGGGAAAAGCUCCCCCAAACUUUACUCUGGGGGGGUCUUUGGGUACCUGGGACCCCCCCCCGAUAUUUUUGGGGUCCCCCCAGGCUGCACCAGGUGUAUUUCGAGGCUCCCUCGUGCGGGGGGGGUCCCCCAGAGCGGGUGUUCCUGGUGGGCGAUCACUCCUCGGCCGCUCAGUUCUUCGUCACCGUCGGGGUCGGUUCCUUCCUCUACGCCCCCGCCGCUCUCGGGGGGUACCUGUUCGCCCCCCAGGCCUACAGGGCGGGGGGCCGGGGACCCCGAAUUGACCUGGGAGUGACGGCAGCUCUGGCCUUCCUGUGGCUGGUCAGCUCCUGUGCCUGGGCGGCCGCGCUGGCCGAGGUCAAGGCGGCCACGGCGCCCUCGGGGGUGCUGGCCCAGGUCGGGGGGUGCCAACGCCCGGGGGCGCGGUGCCAGGCGCUGGGGGCACCCCGAACCUCCGGCCUCAACACCUCUGUGGUGUUUGGUUUCCUGAACCUCGUGCUCUGGACGGGGAACCUGUGGUUCGUCUUCAAGGAGACGGGCUGGGGGGGCCUGGGGGCCCGUGCCCCUCCCCCGGGGGGGGUCCCCGAAAAAGCCCCGGCUCCAGAAGGGGGGUACGGACCCCCCGAGGGGGGCUACGGCCAACCCGGGGGGGGCUACGGCCAGCCCGGGGGGGGCUACCAGCCCGACUACGGCCAGGGGGGGUACGGGGCACCCCCCUCGGAGGGGGGGUACGGCCAGGGAGCCCCCACCUCCUUCGCCAAUCAGAUGUAGGGUCCUCCCCUCCAGCAGGGGGCGCUGUGCCGAGGAGCCGCGCGGCGGCGAGAGGGGGCGGAGCCUGUGGCUAAGCCACGCCCCCAUGGGGGAGGGGCAGAAAAGUGGGAGGGGCUUAACCCCCUCAUAACCCCCCCCUUAUAGACCCCCCCCAAUGGAACCCCCAA